UGUGUACAGAGAGCGCCAUCAAGAGGGAGUGUAACAAAUCUAGCAACUAAAAAUGGCGAUUCUGCUUCGGUCGUGUUCAUUUGGUGCUAAGCAUCUCCGACAAGUAUUUAACGACGAAGGUGUGUAGUGAUCAUUAGAGUGACCGGUAGAUCGGGAUUAAAGUAAAAUCAAAGGAAAACAUCAUAAGAAAACCUAUUAAAAAAAAGAAUGGAAAUCGAAGGCGCAGCAUCAGGUUCCGUUAGUACGCUACCCAAAGAUGACGUUGUCCUGCCGACAGCGGAUGCGCGCGCAACACUAAAACACGAAGACCAAUCGAAGUCAAACGAUUACAAUGCCGAAAUACCACCAAAAAAACGAAAAACAAGACGCGGGAAAUGCAAAAGACGUAACGUACAUCCCUACAAAAACGAAUUAAAAACCAAUAAAGUACACAAACCGGAAGCACCAUACAACAGCAAUCGAUUUUUAAUCGAAGAUCACGGUAAUAUCGAUGAAAUUGAUGAAGAAUUAAGAAACACCGAUCAAAUUUCAACAUCAACUGUCACCAGAACGAGAGAUUCCAGUUUUAGCAUUGAUUCAGAAGGUGAAUUUUAUUCGACCCCCGAUGAUGAAGAAGAAUUCUUAAUCAAAGACUUUGAUGAUCAAUACGAAAGUUUACAAGCGGAGAGGUUACAAUCAAUGUCAAAAAAUGAGUUAAUUCAAGAAUAUUUACAAUUGGAAAGUCGAGUUGAAUCCCUUACAAAACGUCUUCGUAAUCGGUCCGAUGAAAAGAUUAAUAACGGCCAACAAAAUGUUGAUCUUCAAAAAGAAAUCGAACGUUUAAAGAUUGAAAAUGAAACGUUAAAGCGAGAGAAUGAAACGUUGAAGAAUAAAAUUAGAUCGUCUAGUUGUACGUCGGAUUCGGAAGAUUCCGAAACCGAUUCCAGUGAUUCUUGUAGUUCGACAAGCAGUUCAAGUAGCAGACCGACGACGUCUCCGAUUGUCGUUGAUUGUUCUCAAACGAAUGGACACUCACCCGCGAUUAUAGAAGAAACUAUUUAAGGAUUAAAUAAUUUUUCUCAUUAUUAUUAAUUUUUUUUUUGUUUUUAAUUAUUUUCCUGCUUAGUUUCCGUGUACAUGUUGUGUAUUCCAAUUCCAAAAAGAAAAAACAAACAUAGGCAAGAGUAAUUUUAUUGUAAACUGCAACCCCCUGCGCCCCCCGUAAAAAUAAUAACAAUAGAAAUAAUCAAUAGAACCGAAAAGCAUCCGAUUACAAAAUAUUUUUUGUUUGCAAAUGUGUAAAUAAAAAUGAAAAAGCACCCGCAUUGUGCAAAGUAUUUAAUUUAAUUUCGACUUUUCUAUUUUGUAAUUAUUUUUUUUUAUUCUAUUUUUUACAUUGAAAGCUUGUUACUAUACUACACGUUCAGUUUAUUGCUACAUUUUUUUUCUCAUUUAUUAUCACUGUUUAAAAAUACAACACAGUAUGAGUUUAUAAAAAACAUGUAUUUUUGUAAAUUUUUGGAUCUGUUGUAAGAUAGCCAAUUCUAGGUAUAUAUUAAAUAUAUACGAUUUAAUAAUAUUAUAUUAAUGUAUAAUGCAUAUACAUGUUUUUUAUAUGACAAUUUGUAGAUAGAAAUAUAGUUUUUAAAUUAUUGUAUGAAACUUUAAACAUUUGUUGUAUGUUUUUAAUAUAUUAUAUGGAUGUCA